AUGGGGGCGACACAGGACACUUCGACCACCACGGAUAUAACCACGACCGUUCCAACGUCCACCUCCACUCUCACCACCUUGACCUCCACGAGCACGGGGGCGACAGAGGACACUUCGACGACCACGGAGAGAACAAGCACCACCGUUCCAACGUCCACCUCCACUCUCACCACCUUGACCUCCACGAGCACGGGGGCGACAGAGGACACUUCGACGACCACGGAGACAACAAGCACCACCGUUCCAACGUCCACCUCCACUCUCACCACCUUGACCUCCACGAGCACGGGUGUAACAGAGGACACUUCGACCACCACGGAGACAACAAGCACCACCGUGCUCACACCCACCUCCACUCUCACCACCUUGACCUCCACGAGCACGGGGGCGACAGAGGACACUUUGACCACCACGGAGACAACCAGCACCACCACAACAAGCACCACCGUUCCAACGCCCACCUCCACUCUCACCACCUUGACCUCCACGAGCACGGGGGCGACAGAGGCCACUUCGACCACCACGGAGACAACCACCACAGAGACAACAAGCACCACCAUGCCCACGUCCACCUCCACUCUCACCACCUUGACCUCCACG